GACACUUGAUGAGUUAAGAUGGACGAUCGUUGGUAUAAGGCGGCGGGACGAACCCUCGCGAGAUUUAGAAAUCCCCCAUCAGGCGUCGCGGCCGCUGCUUCCUCCUCUUUCGCCAUAUUGACCAAGCGGCAUCAUGGUGCGCAUGAAUGUUCUCGCCGAUGCCCUCACCAGCAUCAACAAUGCAGAGAAACGUGGAAAACGCCAGGUUCUCAUCCGGCCAUGCUCCAAAGUAAUUGUGAGAUUCCUGACUGUAAUGAUGAAGCAUGGCUACAUUGGAGAGUUUGAGAUUAUUGAUGACCACAGAGGUGGGAAAAUAGUUGUCAAUCUCACUGGCAGACUGAACAAGUGUGGUGUCAUUAGCCCCAGAUUCGAUGUUCAAGUCAAAGAGCUUGAAAGGUGGCAAAAUGGACUUCUGCCUUCCCGUCAGUUUGGGUACCUCGUUCUAACAACCUCAGCAGGGAUCAUGGACCAUGAAGAGGCCAAACGAAAACACACGGGAGGAAAGAUCAUAGGAUUCUUUUUCUAAAACAUGUAACCUGUCUAUAAUAAAACAUUGAAACCAC